AUGGCUUCAUCUUUAUCAGCAUAUGAACUCCUUAAACUAGGAGACGAGGACAGAAAAAAACCAUUUUUGAACAUUUACUGGCCAUAUAUUGUAGGGGUUGGCUUUGGCAUUUGCACAGGAGUAUGUAUAAACUUCGGGACCAGACGACCCCUGUUCAGCGGUAUACAAAAACAUAUUAUUGGUGUGGCAACAUGGUGUACCAUCUUACAUUAUGUACAAAACAGACGUGAUGAUUAUUUAGCUGAAAAAGAUGCAGUGUAUCGUCAUUAUGUUGAGUUACACCCUGAAGAUUUUCCCACUCCAGAGAGAAAGAAGAUAGGUGACCUUUUUGAACCAUGGAUUCCUAUUAGG